AUGGCCGUGGUGGCUCAAUUCCAAACCUUUACUCCGCUGGGCUCGAACGGACUCACCUAUAGUAUCCAUAUUCCCGCUGCCACUGCCAUCUCCAAAACCGGGCCCAUAUAUUUUCAAAUGAAUUCCACUCGCCGGAUAGAGUGGUUUGCGUUGGGCCAGGGAGACCAUAUGGCGGGGGCCAACAUGUUCGUGGCUUAUACAUAUGGCGAUAAUGUGACGGUUUCCCCACGGUCCAGUACGGGACAUACCCAGCCCCUGUAUAACCCUGCGGCGCAGAUUACGGUCAUGAAUGAUAGCGGGGUCCACGGGUCUAUGAUAACGGCAAAUAUCAGGUGUGACAGCUGUAUCAAUUGGGGGUCUGGCAGCAUGAAUAUGACUAGCUCGAGCAGUUCAUGGAUCUGGGCAGUUCGAUAUGGGAUGCCGCUGAAAUCACGUAGUUUGUCGGCAAACAUUCUUAUGCAUGAUGUGUUGGGCGUUGAAACAGUGGAAUUGAUGAAAGCCACCGGAGAGACCAGCGUGAAUCCCUUUGCCGACAUCGUCAGCACCAGCGCUAAUGCCAAUGCCGACUAUCCAUUUCCAGAGGCUGUCUUUCAUGGGAAAAAAAUUGCUCAUGGGGUGCUCAUGGUGGUUGCCUUUAUCAUCCUGUUCCCUUUUUCCGCGCUACUUCUUCAUCUGUCUUCGGCAUCCAACACUGUGACUAUUCACGGGGGUCUACAGCUGUUUGCACUUGUUGUUUCCAUCGCAGGACUUGGUCUGGGAGUCUCAAUGGCCCAGCAAAUCCACAACUUAGUGCACUACCAUAUUAUCAUUGGGAUCGUGGUGAUUGCCGGAUUGGUUCUAUUCCAGCCUGCCAUGGGCCUCCUACAGCAUCGGUUCUUUCGUAAAACUGGCGGAAAGGGGCCUUUCGCCUACAUACACCGCUGGUUUGGGCGGAUCAUGAUCGUUCUGGGAGUGAUUAAUGUCGGACUGGGAUUUCAAUUCACGGGCGUCGGUGACCCUGAUGCUCCUCGGGGUGCUGUCAUUGCAGUUGCGGUGAUUGCUGGAGUGGUUGACGUGUUUUAUAUUCUGACAUUAGGAUAUGUGAACAUGGUACGACGACGAGGAGCAUCAGCCCAGAGAGAAUAA